CAAGAUCCAGACCAAGACCAAUAGCCUGUGUGGGCAUGGACUCACCACUAUGCUGACUAGUGGUGCUUGGCUCGGUGGCUGGUACGGAGAAGCAUGCUCAGCGGGGGACACGCAGAUGACUGUGGACGCAUAAUCACUCGUUCGCUGCGGUCUUGCAGUCAAAAUGGUCGAUCACGAAGAUGAUGCCGGAUUGGACAGCAUUGCUGCUGCCGCUGCUGCCGCUGCUGCCGGGAAGCAAGAUGAAUCCCAUGUUCAGUCCAUUUAUGCUGGUGCACACUUGACCCUUCACCUCGUUGAGAUGAAGAAUGAAAUAGCAAGAGAGGACAGUGUUCGCGCAAGAAGAUUGCAAGUGCGCAAAUGCGUGGGUGAGGAAGCGCCGGAUGGAAUCUGGCCCUGCUUGAUGUCCGACUUGCACUUGAAGUACGAGUCGCACGAGGCCGACACAUUCAAUGUGAAUCGCAAUGAAAGGCGUCCCGAUCCGUCAACGCCUACAUACAACCACUCUGCAUCCCAAGCACAGUCGCAUCCACAUCCUUUGCCAUCGCCCUCAUCAUCCGCACAGUUCAGCCCUCGGCAUCGAGAUCAUACAGAACGGGCCGAGUUGGAUGGGUCAAUGCACGAUAGAGCAAGCAAUGCAUCGACGUCUAGCGCUUCGGCGUCCUCAGCACCUUCGAACUCAGAUUCGGAGGCGCGUUCAAGUUCAGAGUCGAGCGCAAGCCGUGAACACCGGGCGUUGGUGCGCUCCGUUCGAGCGCAUCAGCUAGACAAGUACAUCGCGCUGCAAGCCUCACCUGAUGUGGAGAAGAGAAUCACAGAGCGCAUGAAGAACCCAACGCUCCGUCACAACAUCGAUCGUAUCCGGAAAUCGGUCAAGGAACAGGAGCGUGGGGUGAGGUAUCUGAGAGGAUGCAUCGUCGAGUUGCUCAACUCUUUCGCAGCCACUUGCACAUCUCAUGACGAUGGCAUCUCUAGCAAGAGCUCAUCAGGCGCUACUCUGAUCAGGUGCGCACUAAGCCGCGAUCGACUUGCCAACCACGGAAACUUGAAAGCGCCGAAUCGGCACAAGCCCGAUAUCGUCCUUGUGAAUCAAAACAAAUCACAAAAGAGUGUUGCCUCUUGGCGGCAAAUAUGGGGUGUGUUCGUAGUCAGAAAGAACGCUUUGGAUGAUGGUCGCGAGGCAUGCAUGGGCCAGGUGGUCCGCCAUGCACAUUAGCUGCUGCUGCAUCAUCCGAUGGCUCGUGUGGUGCACGUGGUCACCUGGUGCGGAGAGCGCGUACGCCUUUGGGCGUUCUUUGCGAAUGCCUAUGCGUUCAGCCGGCCGUAUUCCAUCUUGGAGGAAGGAGAUUUGGUAGAGAUCGGCAAAAUCUUGCUCCUCUGCGUGCACGAUCCACUCAUCUUGCCGUUCUGGCAUCCCUGCGGCCAGGAUCUACUGCUCUUCCAAAGACCAUGCGCGGAAGGCGAAUC